AUGUUUGGUCUUGACAUUCUCUUGCUAGUGAAGAAGGGGAGAAUAGUAUAUGUUGAUGGCCUGACUUCAUAUGGCAACGCUGACGCAGGGGAACCUGGUACGGACAACCCAGUGGGAUCGUCUUCCUUUCGACUCAAAUCUCUGGGGCUCGAAGAGAUCGAGCAUAAAUUCAAAGAUGCCGUGAGACUUCUUACGAACCACCCCAUAUCCGCACAAUCCAUGGUCGGCUCGAGAACUCCGGCCAGGACAAAUGCCGCCAGUGCUCGUAUGCCAGCAGGGUCGACAACACCUUCGCCAGCGGCCGGCAUGCCAGUCGUGGUGAUCGACGGAAUCGACUUCGUCCUCGCAUGCCAACAGCCAUCGAUCUCCGUGCUUUCGCUUCAGUCCACACUCGCUACACUGCGCACAAAAUCACAGUCACUGAUCGUGACAUGCAGUGCCGAUGGGCCACUCCUCCACAACCAUGACGGGGUCUCUACAUCUACGACGCCACUGGAAGCGGAUCACGCGCUGCUGGUUACCAGCAUGGCACAUCAGUCUCAAUGGCUCUUUCAGUUGAGGGGUCUCGACACAGGCACAGCGGAGGAUGUCUCUGGUGUGGUCAGGGUCAGUCGAGGGGGCGCUCAGGGCGGUGGUGAAAAAGAGGAAGAUAUGGUGGAUGCUGAAUGGCUUUAUCAGGUCAAAGGCGAUGGCUCGGUUAGAGUCUGGGGCCGAGGAGAGUAG